CCCCUGUCAGCCCACCCCUCUCUGCUGGAAGAGUGGCUUUGGUUUUCCUGUCUGCAUCAGUUACAUCUCAGCCUGAUGACUACAGCUGCCGGCGCUGCAUGGAGUAAGGCUCUUUGGUCUUUAAAUGUGUAUGGUUAUAUUUGCUCCGAUUUUUGCCAUUUGUGCAUUUGCCACCUGCGGAGGAUACCAUGGCUAUCUUCAGGUUAAAGUUGACUGCUCUGCCCGGAGACAGAACAACCUCAGCAUCAAUAUUGAGUUUGGCUAUCCUUUCAGAUUGCAGCAGAUCCACUUCAAAGCUCCCUUAUGCGACACAAGCAGAGAGGAAGUUGUUUUCCUCAGUGGCGAUUUCUCUGCUGCAGCUCAGUUUUUCGUAACUGUGGGCGUUUUGGCAUUUCUGUACUCCUUCUUUGCAACAAUUGUCUACGUCUACUACCAGAACAAGUAUCUGAAGAACAACAGAGGCCCUCUAGUGGAUUUUCUUGUCACUGUUACCUUUUCUCUAAUGUGGCUGCUCAGCAGCUGCUGUUGGGCUAAAAGCCUCACUGAUAUCAAGGCGGCCACGAACCCAACAGAGGUCCUCCUUCUCAUUGCUUCCUGUAGAGAGACGGAAAAUAGAUGUGCAACCACGCAGGAACCUCUCUGGUCUCGUCUAAACACUUCCACUGUUUUUGGUUUUCUUAAUGCAAUCCUCUGGUCUGGAAACAUUUGGUUUGUCUUUAAAGAGACAGGCUGGUACAAGACUGGCCAGAGAUACCCAAGUAGGACUUCUUCCAGGAAACGAUCCAGUGAAAUGCGAGAACGACUCUACAGCGAGUCCAGCUUUGACCAGCCAGAUGACGAUUUUGGCCCCUUCAGACAAGACAGCUUCACUGAGUCAAGAGGGGACUACAACAAACAGUUGGAGAGACAAGCUAGCAUCAACCAGUCGCAAGUAAGCUUCAGCUUACCAGAGACAUAUCUGGGCAAAGCAGUGAUUUAUGAGAGAGAGAAUAAAGUAGCUUCUCAAGGACCUGUGAUUUUUGUUAAUGAGAUGUGACCUUAACAUAAUGUGAGCUAAAAUAGUGCUGUAUUCUUACGUUACUAUUCACACAGACAAUUAGAAAUCAGCUCAUUUUACAGAUGCAGGAGUUAAAAUUUGUGUAAUACAAAAAUAUGCUUGGAAAAAUGCUAAGUUUAACGGUUGUCAGAUUUCAAGGACAAGGUAAGGUCAGUAAGUUCUGGGCUACAGAGCUGUUUCUCUCUGCUUUACUGAAAACCCAUUAAUACAGUAAACCCCUCCAGGUAAUAGAAAGAUAAAACCAAACUAAAAAGAAUUAAAGUUAAUCUCCAUUACUCUUUUAAACAAAAUAGCUCAUUAAUUUUUUUUUUUUUUUUUUGCAUACACAAUGUCAUGAGACGAUUUUAUGUACAAGAUCUCUGUGAAAGCAAUCAACAACUCUCCAAAAAAAGUCUGAAACUUUAAAAUAAAUGAAUAAUGAUAGCAGACCUGUCACUUUACAGUUUUUAAUGUCUUAUUAGGGAAUAACCCCAUUAGCAUGGUUAGAGCUACUGAUUGUAAGCAUAUGUCCCAUGUAUUUUCUCUAUAUAGAAAACUGUAAUAUUUCCCAAUAAAAGUCCCAGAUGGAAUUACAAUCUUCCACAAGAUUGUAAUUCUUUUACACUAUUAUACAAGGAGCACCACUCUAUAUGGUGAUCAUUGUGGUGGUAAAAUCUGAAAUAAAUCAUAAUUUUAUAAAAAAGAUAAAAUACCUCAAUUAUACUUAAAAUAGCUCAAAGAAGCUUUCUGAGACUACCACAAUGAAGGGUGUUAUUAUAAACUAUUAUUAUUAUUAUAACUUUUUAUGGGGCAUUCACUAAAAAAUAAGAUAGUUUUAAUGUUUGGUUUGGUCAGCAAAUGAAAGAUUGUGUUAGUCUAUCCCUAGUUGGCAGAUUUGCUGUCCAAUAAAACAAAAUAUUUUUAACGCUAACUUUUUACUCAACUUGCAAUAAGGCUUUUUAACAUUGUUUUCUUUCACAGACCUUCAAAUUACAACUUCCAAGUAAUCUAGUUGUUUCAGAUUUCUUUGAGUGUUUUCCAAAAUAUUUAAAUCUACCCUAAAAGUUUCCCCUCAAUGUGCCUUUCUUUGAAGGAAUCUUUAUUUACGGUAUACUUUUCAGGACUUUUAAAAGGUAGUUCAGAUUUGUGGUUUGAAUCUUUAAGAUUUUUUUCUUUUUUUUAACCACUGAAUAUUAGUUCAGUUUAUGUAAAAGCAUUUUAUUCUUUAAAUGUUGCAUUUAGCCUAUAAAUGCCUGAAAUGUUUAUGUCAAACUCUAAAAUAUUUCCCCCGGCAGAAAAAAGGAAUACAAAGCUAGAAAGGACUUUGAACAGACUAUCAGAAAGUCUAAUGAAAUAUUGAUAAAGACUGGUUUUAAAAAUUGUAAGAAAGUCUAUCUCUCUGAGAUUGAAAAUACAAAGAAAUCAUUGAUCUUUGUUUCAUCACAUAAUCUUUAGAAUUGUGUUUUAAAAGUUAAUAUUCCUGGAUGUUCCAUUUGUAUUUUAGGUCAGGUGAUAUGGUUUGUGUAUGAAAAUUGCAGUAUCAGUAGAAAAAAAAGUUUAAUGUGUGAUUGAUGUCUAUGAUUUGGCAGUGAAGUUUUGUGUGUUGGUGGAUUUCUUAAUAUUUUACUUUGUAUAUCUCCUCUGCAUCCUUAUUUGGACAUCUGAAAUGUUGUAGUUCUCUUGAUUGCAAAUCCUGUAGUUUUUUUUAUUGUUUAAGUUAAUUGAAGGUCAGAAGUAAAAAGAUAAACCCUUGUACAGUAACAAGAAGUCAGGACUUUUGUCUUUAAAAAACCCGCAGUUUUUCAUUUAUUUGAAAAAUUAAGAAUAAUUGUUAUUUUAUCUUGUUUUACAUACUCAUUAAACACUGAUUAUAACAUUUAGAUUCUAAUUAUACUUUGAAGCAGGUGUUAAUGGUUUCGUCUUAUUUGAUUUUAUGUGAGAAUGCAUUGCUGCUCUUUACUUCUGUGGUAAAUGAAUCAAGGAGAUUUGAUGUAAAGUCUUAAACAAUAAAUGUGAGAAGUUUACAUUUGAAA